AUGAUGAUGGUUCUCAUCCAGCUGGCUGCCUUUUACUUAGUGAAAGACUUGGACUGGAAAUGGGUUAUAUUUUGGGCCUAUAUGUUUGGCAGCUGCAUCAACCACUCCAUGACUCUGGCUAUUCAUGAGAUUUCUCACAACUUCGCCUUUGGCCACCACAAGACACUGUGGAAUCGCUGGUUUGGAAUGGUUGCUAAUCUUCCCAUUGGGGUUCCAUAUUCAAUUUCCUUUAAGAGAUAUCACAUGGAUCAUCAUAGAUACCUUGGAGCUGAUGGCAUUGAUGUGGAUAUUCCUACUGAUUUUGAGGGCUGGUUCUUCUGUACCACUUUCAGAAAGUUUAUGUGGGUUAUUUUUCAGCCUGUAUUUUAUGCUUUUCGACCUCUGUUCAUCAAUCCCAAACCAAUUUCUUAUCUUGAAAUUAUCAAUGCUGUGCUCCAGAUUGCGUUUAACUUUCUAGUUUACUAUGUGUUAGGAAUUAAGUCUUUAAUCUACAUGUUGGGAGCAUCCUUUCUUGGUCUGGGCUUACACCCGAUUUCUGGACAUUUUAUAGCCGAACAUUACAUGUUCUUAAAGGGACAUGAAACUUACUCAUAUUACGGGCCUCUGAAUUUACUGACCUUCAAUGUGGGUUAUCACAAUGAACAUCACGACUUCCCCAAUGUUCCUGGAAAGAGCCUUCCACUGGUGAGGAAAAUAGCAGCGGAAUACUAUGACAACCUGCCCCAUUACAAUUCUUGGGUGAAAGUGCUGUACGAUUUUGUGAUGGAUGACACCAUGAGUCCCUACUCUAGAAUGAAGAGGGCUCCAAAAGGGCAGGAGGUCCUGGAGUAA